AUGGAUCCCGAGCAGUUUGCUAAGUUUCUGGAUCACCAAACAAAAAUGUUUGGUCAGCUUUUAACCAAAUUCACCCCGCCACAACAUCAUCCAGUACCAGCUGUAAUGGGACCAAACGUGGCUGUUCCCCAACCAUCACCACUCGCACUAGAUGGUGAUAUGGAGCAAAAUUUCGAAUUUUUCGAAAAAAGCUGGUUUGAUUAUUCAAAAGCUGUCGGAAUGGACCAUUGGCCAGAUGUGGAAGAUUCUCAGAAAGUUAGUUUUCUGAUGUCAGUAAUUGGUGAACCUGCACGAAGAAAAUACUUUAACUUCGAAUUGACUGAUGCACAAAAAGCUACGGUGCAGAACGCUCUACAAGCGAUUCGUGAGAAGGUUACAGCGAGACGUAACAUAAUUGUUGACCGUUUGGAUUUCUUCUCUGCCUCCCAAUAUUCCAGUGAAACAAUCGAUGACUACGCCUCCCGUUUAAAGAUACUUGCUAAAUCUGCAAAAUUCGGUGCUUUGGAAACAGAGUUGGUAACGUAUAAGGUUGUCACUGCCAACAAAUGGUCACACUUACGUACCAAGAUGCUUACUGUUUCUGAUAUAACAUUGCUUAAAGCCAUCGAUAUGUGUCGUGCAGAGGAAAUUGCAGCAAAACGCUCAAUAGAUAUGUCAAUCGCUUCAAGUUCAGAAGUAAAGAAAAUUAUCAAGCCCAAAUCAAAAAACCUUCACUGCAAGUUUUGUGGUGAUCGUCAUGAGUUUUUGAAAGGAGUAUGCCCAGCUUUAGGAAAACGGUGCCAUCGUUGCAAAGGAAAAAACCACUUUGAAAAAGUUUGUCACAAACGCUAUCAAAAGUCACCGAAACACCCAAAGCGAGUAAAGGAAAUCACUGAAGAAUCGAGUGAAUCCGAAGAGUCAUCAAGCGAAACAUCCUCCGGAGAAAGCGAAGGAGAGUACGAAAUCGGAAAAAUUUACGAUAACACUGCCAAGGGUGGGAAUGUUUUAGCCAAACUCGAUUUGAAGUUCUCCGAUGGUUGGAAAUCGGUUAAAUGUGAGCUAGACACUGGGGCUAAUACCAGCUUAAUUGGUAAUGAGUACUUGACCAAGCUUUGUGGUAACCAACCUUUGCUUCCUUCGAAACUUCGUCUGCAAAGCUUUGGAGGAAAUCCUAUUAAAGUUCUCGGUGAAGUGAAAAUUCCAUGUCGCCGAAAGAAUCGUGAAUUUAUGCUCAUACUACAAGUGGUGAACGGAGAUCAUUGCCCUCUGCUGUCAGCAAAAGUCUCACGCGUACUCGGUUUCGUGAAGUUUUGCAAAUCGGUAUCGUUUGAGAAGUCAUCACAGUCAUCACUUUUGAAUAUAUAUCGUGUCGAAGCGCAAAGAAUUGUAGAUGCUCAUGCUAAUAUCUUCGCUGGGUAUGGCCGACUUCCCGGUACAGUUUCUCUAGAAGUGGACAACAGCAUCUCCCCAAUCAUACAAUCACCACGAAGAGUACCAAUCGCAAUGCGAGAUAAGCUAAAAAAGGAGUUAGAAUCUUUAGAGAAGGAAGGAUUAAUUGUCAAAGAACUAAAGCAUACGCAAUGGGUCAGUAACAUCGUCAUAGUUCAACGUGGUACUGAAUCGUCUGGUAUCAGAAUCUGUUUGGAUCCUAUUCCUCUCAAUAAAGCUCUAAAAAGACCAAAUUUGCAAUUCGUGACGUUGGAUGAAAUCCUUCCUGAGUUAGGACGUGCUAAAGUAUUUACGACUAUGGAUGCCAAAAAAGGAUUUUGGCAUGUGGUUCUGGACGAGCAUAGUAGUAAGCUUACUACAUUCUGGACACCUUUCGGACGCUAUCGGUGGACUCGUUUGCCAUUCGGAAUUUCUUCAGCCCCAGAGAUUUUUCAAAUGAAAUUACAGGAGGUUAUUCAAGGACUCAAAGGUGUCGAAUGCAUCGCCGAUGAUUUGCUUGUUUACGGAACCGGCGAUGACUUUGAAACAGCCUUGAUCGAUCACAACCAGUGUCUCGAAAAACUGCUCACACGCCUAGAGGACUACAACGUCAAACUAAACAAAUCAAAGAUGAAGUUGUGCGAAACAUCCGUAAAAUUUUACGGUCAUAUGUUAACAGACCAGGGUAUCAAACCAGACGACAGCAAGAUAUCGACAAUAAGGAACUUUCCAACACCUACAAACCGCAAAGAAGUCCAUCGAUUCAUCGGUAUGGUAAAUUAUCUUAGUCGAUUUAUCCAAAAUCUGAGUGCAAACCUAGUUAACCUCCGAAAACUAAUUGUGGAAUCGGUACCGUGGCAGUGGACAGCAAUCGAAGAGGAAGAAUUUAGUCGCAUAAAAUCACGGGUAGCUGAUAUUGGCACACUCCGAUACUACAACAUCAAUCAACCAUUAAUAGUAGAGUGUGAUGCAAGUUGCUUCGGACUAGGUGUUGUGGUUUAUCAAAAGGAUGGAGUCAUUGGAUACGCCUCACGAACGCUCACGCAAACUGAAAGGAAUUAUGCACAAAUUGAGAAAGAGCUGCUAGCGAUUUUGUUUGCAUGCAUUCGUUUCGAUCAAAUAAUAGUCGGUAACAAAAAAACAGUUGUGAAAACAGACCACAAACCUCUCGUCAGCCUGUUCAAAAAGCCUCUUCUCUCAGCUCCACGACGACUUCAACAUAUGCUGCUCAAUUUGCAACGAUAUUCUUUGAGCAUCGAAUUUGUAACAGGAAAAGACAACGUUGUUGCAGAUGCUCUGUCCCGAGCACCAGUAGAUGAAAAGCUGCCCAGUGAUUGUUUCAAAAAAUUAAAUAUCUGCAAAAUUGGAAAGGAAGUUGAAGUGCUUCAGUUGAGUAAGUUUCUAUCGGUUUCUGAUAAUCGCUUGACUGAGAUAAAAAAGGAAACAAGUAAUGAUCAGCCACUUCAGCUAAUUAUCAGUUAUAUCCAGCAAGGUUGGCCUCCUACAGUCGACAGAGUACCAGACACAGUGAAAGUUUAUUACGGUUAUCGCAGCGAACUAUCUACACAAGAUGGAUUAGUUUUCCGUGGCGAUCGCAUUGUAGUGCCUUAUGUUCUUCGAAGAAAGUUAAUUGACAGCUGCCACGUUAGCCACAAUGGAGUGGAGUCGACUUUGAAGCUAGCCAGAGCGAAUCUCUUCUGGCCAGGAAUGUCAUCUCAGAUCAAGAACGUAGUCAAGGAGUGCCAGACGUGCGCAAAGUAUGCUGCUUCACAACCAAAUCCACCGAUGAUGAGUCAUUGCAUUCCCAUCUAUCCUUUCCAAUUAGUGUCAAUGGAUGUUUUUCAAGCCGAGUAUCGUGGUUUUACACGAAAAUUCUUGGCGACAGUAGACCACUAUUCGGAUUUCUUUGAAGUCGACAUCUUAAAAGAUUUAACGCCCGAAUCUGUUAUUGAUGUGUGUAAAGCCAAUUUUGCUCGUCAUGGAAAGCCACAGAGGGUGAUUAGCGACAACGCUACUAAUUUUGUCAAUGCAAAAAUGAUUCGAUUCGCCAAUGACUGGGAUUUUGAGUUGGUUACUUCGGCGCCUCAUCACCAACAAGCAAACGGUAAAUCGGAAGCCGCUGUAAAGAUUGCGAAAAGAUUAAUUAAGAAAGCAGAAGAAACUGGUACUGAUUUUUGGUAUGCGCUAUUGCAUUGGCGAAACAUACCAAACAAGAUUGGAUCCAGCCCAGCAGCUCGUCUUUUCUCACGUUCGACGCGUUGUGGAAUACCAACAUCGUCUGCAAAUUUACUUCCCCGAGUAGUGGAAGGCGUACCUGCUGCUAUCGAAAAAAACCGAACUAACUACAAACAGUACUACGAUAAGAAAACUCGUCAAUUACCAGAACUUCUGAUUGGAUCACCUGUGUAUGUUCAAUUGCAUCCAGAAACUUCGAAAUUAUGGACUGCCGGUACGAUCACGGAUCGUCUCAGUGAACGGUCGUAUAAGGUCAACGUUGACGGCGUCAGCUACCGGCGAAGUUCAAUACAUUUAAAACCACGUAAUGAACCCAAUACGCUCAACGAACUGGGACAUAUCUCACUACAAAAUACUGGUUUCCGUGAACACGUUGAUUCUAACAACAUUAUUAUGGAACAGAAAACAUCAAGUGAAAAUCUAUUUCAAAAUGCUUCUUUACAACAGCCUGCUUCGAUGAAUGUUCCUGAAGUUUCACUCUCAUCAAUACCGGUACCGGCUGUUUAUACACCUGCACGUGAAAGGCCGACACAGAAAGACAGAGUUGCCAUAACGCCUGUUGAUUUGAAUUCUAGACCAAAAAGGCAAACUCGCAUUCCAGAAAAACUAAAAGAUUUCGAUGUAACGUUCCAGUAG